AUGCAUCGCCCCACACUAAGCUCUAUUUCUGUCGCAUUUAACGAGAUGAAGAAGCAGGACGCAGAUGAGGCAUCGGCUCUGCAGGGCCCCGAAGAGGCUCCAGUUCCAGCAGCAGAGAUUGAGACGCCUGCCGAAGACAGUGUGGAGUGCACCAGCCCCAAAGAGUCAGACACACAGAGCCCACAGACAGACAGCCCUCCACAAGCUGAGAAUACUCCAGCAGAAGUCCCAGAUGCUGCCUUGUCUCAGUGCGACAUGGCUGAGGAGCUCAGUCGGCAGCUGGAGGACAUCCUCAGCAUUUACUGCAGAGAGAGUGUAUCCAGCAACAGCACUGUGGCCAACGGUCAAACACUCAGCCCAGAGUUUAAUGGCCACAGCGAUAAGGGGGCAGACAAACCAGCAGGAGCUAAAGUGGAAAAAGACCAGAAGAAGUCCCAGGACAAGAAGAAAGUCAAGGGUCUGGGCAAAGAAAUCACCCUUCUAAUGCAGACCCUUAACACACUGAGUACCCCAGAGGAAAAACUUGCAGGACUUUGUAAGAAGUACGCUGAGCUGCUGGAGGAGACUCGGAACUCUGAGAAACAGAUGAAGGUCUUGCAGAAGAAGCAGACGCAGCUCGUGCAGGAGAAGGACAACCUGAGGAACGAACACAGCAAAGCGGUCCUGGCCCGCGGCAAACUGGAGAGUCUCUGCCGGGAGCUGCAGCGACACAAUCGCACUCUCAAGGAGGAGGGCAUAAAGAGGACCCGGUUGGAAGAGGAGAAACGGAAGGAGGUGACGUCGCACUUUCAGGUGACCCUGUACGACAUCCAGGCCCAGAUGGAACAGCACGACGAGCGCAACGCCAGCCUUAGGCAAGAGAACGGCGAGCUGGCCGAGAAGCUGAAGAAACUCUAUGAGCAGUACAAGCUAAGAGAGGAGCACAUAGACAAAGUGGUGAAGCACAAAGACCUUCAGCAGCAACUCGUGGACGCCAAGCUGCACCAGGCUCAGCAGCUCCUCAAAGAAUCCGAAGACCGACACGAGAGAGAAAAGGAGUUUCUUUUGAAGGAAUCUAUGGAGUCUCAAAGAAUGUGUGAAAUGAUGAAGCAGCAGGAGGUGCAUCUCAAACAACAGCUAUCGCUGUACACGGAGAGAUUUGAGGAGUUUCAAACCACACUUUCCAAAAGUAAUGAGGUUUUUACCACUUUUAAACAGGAGAUGGAGAAGAUGACUAAAAAAAUCAAGAAGCUGGAAAAGGAGACAGCCAUGUAUAGAUCCAGAUGGGAGAGCAGCAAUAAGGCACUGCUCGAAAUGGCUGAAGAGAAAUCAGUCAGAGAUCGUGACUUUGAGGGACUGCAGGGCAAAGUGCAGAGACUGGAGAAGUUACGAAAAGCCCUAAAAGUCGAACGCAACGAGCUCAACAAGAAGGUCCAGAGUUUGAGCGGGGAACCAUGCGGAGAGCCUGAGCCUGACUCCCCUUCCCCUCCGCCCACAGACUGUCUGAUGGACCCCAACUCCUGCUCCCACCCCUGCCAUUGUGAACACGCCCCCAGCACAGACCACAACACUGAGCUGCUGACCACACGAGAAUAA